CAAGUGUCUGUGUGGUCUGUAGUCUAUGAUUCAUUGAUUUGGUUUUGUGAUGUUUUUUUAGUAGUGCGGAUUUUUGAGUCUUUUUAUGAAUUAAAUUACCAAGAAUAAGGUGCAAGCAAAUCUUGCAUAAAACUUGAGUAAUGAAUACUCUCGAUAAACAAUUGGCUGAUCUUCGGAUCUACGCGAACGAGCUUGACGCAAAAUUGCAAGAUGAUAUCAACGCAGCCAAACUUAAACCGUCGAUUCCACCGAAAAAGAAUAAGCCGCCUCUGCCGCAAAUACCGCAAAGUUACACCGUUAAAUCCGCAUGCGAACCCUCGUAUUCAUCGAGGCUCGAAUACGGGAACCGUAUAAGUUGCACAUACUCGAAUUUGGUGCCUGUGAAAAGUUGUAUCGUUAGGAAUUCGGCUCGAAUCCGAAGCGGUGAUGUUCUUUUAUAUAGUAAUUUACUGCCUCCCGGUGGUACUAAUCAUGUGUACUCGAACAUUCCUAUGCAACGUCAUGCUGAGAGCUUUUACGAUCGGGAUACUCGCUCGGAACUGUCUCGUAUAAGCGAUAUCGGUGCACGGUCCAACUACAGUGAACUGCGACGUCCAGGAUCUGCGUAUGCGCCUUCGUCUGCUUCAGUGAACGCCCAAGACUUCUCGACAUACGGUGGCUCCCAGGCUUCGUCUACCUACGAGUCUUUGUAUGAGCCUAUAAAUCCACGACCAUGCAGCCAACUCUCCGGUACGUCGUUGUACGGAGGCUAUGUCGGCACCGCAGUGGAGCCGAUCCCGGAGCCCGACGAUGCGUUGUACUGUGGGAACUGCUACCAGUGUGGAGAGAAGAUCAUGGGGGAAACCACUGGCUGUACAGCCAUGGAGAGGAUAUAUCAUAUCAAGUGUUUCUGUUGUCAACAAUGUGGGAUUAAUCUCCAGGGAAGGCCAUUCUAUGCAGUACAAGGCAGAGCCCUAUGCGAGGGAGACUACUUAGAAACACUAGAGAAAUGCUGUGUUUGCGGUGACCCCAUACUGGACAGGAUCCUGCGAGCCACCGGCAAGCCCUACCACCCUCGCUGCUUCACAUGUGUAGUGUGUCAGAAGAGCCUCGAUGGUAUACCCUUUACCGUUGAUGCAGUGAAUCGCAUACAUUGCAUUGAGGACUUUCAUAAAAGAUACGCCCCUCGCUGCGCGCGUUGCCGCGAGCCAAUCGUGCCGGAAGGCGGCGCGGAAGAGACCGUGCGCAUAGUCGCACUCGACAAGAGCUUCCACAUCGCGUGUUAUGCCUGUGAGGACUGUGCGGCCUCACUUUGCUCUCGCGAGCAAGGCCGCGGCUGCUACCCCUUGGACGGGCACCUUUACUGCAAGCAAUGUAAUGCGAGACGCAUACAGGACCUGUCCCGGAAUAUUAAUUAAGUAUAAUAUGUGAUGUUUAUAUACAAUGUUAUGCAAAGU